CACGACUCUGCAAUCCUUUUUGAAUACUGGAUAUAGCAAUGCCCGGAUUGCCUGCUUCCUGUAGCUGAAGCAUAUAUAGUGGGAUUGCGGAAUGCGGAAUGCAUGGAAUUGCCGGUUGUCGUCGGCCACGACUCACCGAAGUUUUAAACUGUGGAAUCGCCAAACCAACCUAUUGUGUGGAGAGUGACUCGACGAGUUUUAGAACAGCUGGCCGGUGGAGCACAAUAGAACGAAUGAGACUUUAUCAAUUGCGAAACCCGAUCUAUAUACUCUAAUAGGUGGUUCCCUUUGAUCUCCAGAGCGCCAGCUGAGUAACCACCCAGCUGCCACCAGUAGCGCCGCAUCUACCCCUCGCCCCCCACCACGUCAGUUACCCUACCCCUUCCAUCUAAUCCCAAAACUUCCACUCCUCAGCACCCAUAGGUAGCCGCAACGACCGCAGCACCACCGACCUAAUGCCGCCGUCGAACCCCCUCCUCGCCGCCGUGCUCCGGCCACUGGCCCUUGUCCGUGCGCCCCUCCCCGCCUUCACCGUCGCGCGCACACAACCCUUCACGACCACACCCGCCCCGCCCUUCGGCCUGCGCCCCAAGCGCAUUUCCUCCUCCGGCUCCCCCGUCCUUCUCGAAGCCUCACGGGCAGCGGCACUCCUCCGGCGGCAACUCCCCGCGCGCACCGGCGCACUCGCCUACAAGACCGGUAUGACCGCCCUCUACACUUCCACGGGGGAGCGAAUUCCAUGCACAGUCCUGCAGCUCGACCGAGUACAAGUGACCGCCGUGAAGGAGCGGGAUACGCACGGGUACUGGGCUGUGCAGGUGGGUCUUGGUUGGCGCAAUCCCAAGAACGUCACCCGGCCCAUGCUGGGCCACUUCGAGGCCUGCGAGGUUUCCCCGAAAAAGACGCUGCGCGAGUUUAGGGUACGAGAUAAGGAGGGCCUGCUGCAGCCCGGAACUAUCAUUACCGCAGAUCAUUUUACUGUAGGCCAGUUUGUGGAUGUCCGCGCGAAUUCGAAGGGGAAAGGGUUUGCGGGUGGUAUGAAACGUUGGGGAUGGAGUGGACAGCCCGCGUCGCAUGGUAACUCGCUCACCCACAGAGCGAUGGGUUCGGCCGGUCAGUCGCAGGGAGGAGGUUCCCGUGUACUGCCGGGAAAGCGUAUGGCUGGACGUAUGGGUGGUCAGCAGCAUACGGUUCAGAACUUGAAGGUUCUCCAGGUCGAGCCGGAGCUCGGUAUUGUCAUCGUCAACGGAGCGGUGAGUGGGCCGAAGGGCUGUGUGGUUGAGCUACAGGAUGCCAUCAAGAAGCCUAUGCCCGUGGCGGUUGCGGCGGAGACUUCAUGACCCGAGCGACCCUUGUACAAUAACGUGUAAUGUCACAAUCGAACGCGGAAAUAAUCCCUUACAAACCUGUCACAAUGUAGUAUUUGCAGCGU